AUGGAUGAACAAACACACACACCAACCCGUGCACCCACGCACAGCCAGCAGCAGCUUCCUACAGCUGACGCAACAGGUAGACAGCCGGCAGUGUACGCUGUACCGGUAAAUAUCGGGGGAUCAGCAGCAGCAGCAACAUCUCCACCAGCAGCAGCAGCAGCAGCAGCAGCAGCAGCAGCGGGCAGGCAUGUUGCUGGGGCUCCACAGCGGCAGCUGCAGCUGCGGCUAGCUACCCUUCCUCGUGGUGCUGCGCAGCUCGUGCUGCCGCCUUCCAUCUUCUCUCAGGCUCGUCAUCCGGCGGGUGUACAGGUACACCCGCUGCUGUCAGCCGCUGGGUUCAACCUGCAGCAGCAGCAGCAGCAGCAGCAGCAGCAACAGCAGCAGCAGCAGCAGCAACAGCAAGCAAAAACCAGGCCUCCUCUUCCUCCUCUUAUCGUUGCAUCCAGCAGUGCUGCUGCAGCACAAGCCCUGCGGAUUCAGACGAGUAACGCAGCACCAAAGGCCUGCAGCAGCGCCAGCUAUCCUGCCUGGCAGCAGCAGCAGCAGCAGCAGCGACAGCAGCAGCAGCAGCAGCCGCAGCAGCAGCAACAGCGGGGGCCCCCCCUGCAAGGCUACUACUACCUGGGUGCACCGCGAGUCGUCCCCAGCACGGGCCGUGCAGCUGCAGUGCCAGCAGCAGCAGCAGCAGCAGCAGCAGCAGCACUACCAGCAGCACGAGCAGCAGCAGCAGCUCCAGCACCAGCAUCAACAGCAGCUGGAGCAACGCCAGCAACAGCAGCAGCAGCACCAACGUCAGCAGCAGCAGCAUCAACACGAGCAGCAGCAGCACCACCACUACCACCAGCAGGAUCACCAGCAGCAGCAACUGCUGCUGCUGCUGCUGCUGCAGCAGCAGCGAGGCCUGCAAAAUUAAUUUCUUCUACAAGAGCUGCUGGCAUCCCCCUGCGGCUGGCAGCGGUCCCGUUGCUGCCGCGCUCAGCAUCUGCUGCUCAGAUCCAGCAGCAGCAGCAGCAGCAGCAACAGCAGCAGCAGCAGCAGCAGCAGCAGCAGCAGCAGCAGCAGGUGUUGUUGCAGAGAAGGGGGCUGCAGCAUGCACCUGUGUUUGUCUAUCAACGAAGCGACAGCAGCCUGGGAUCUCUCAGCAGCUGCCAAGACACCCCACCAGUUGCUGCUCCUCUGUUUGCUGCAGCAGCAACGCAUGCACGCUCUGCUGCUGCUACUGCUGCUGCUGCUGCUGCUGCAGCAGCAGCAGCAGCAGCAUCAGAAGCAGACAGCGAUGACUUUCUAGUCUCUUCUGCUGCUGAUACCCAAAGAACUUUCAUAGAAGGAGAAACAGCAGCAGCAGCAGCAGCAGCAGCAGCAGCAGCAACUUCUUCUUGCUGCGGCAUCACCCUGCAGCCUCUAAGCAUUUCUCAACUCUUCUUUUCUUCUCCUUCUCCUUCUCCUUCUCUUUCUUUUUCUUUGUAUGAGCCGCUAGACGAUGCCAGCAGUGUUAUAUCUCAGCUGCAUGCAGCAGAAGCAGCAGCAGCAGCAAUGGUGUUAGCAGCAAAAGAAAAAGCAGCAAAGCUGCGGCAGCAAGCUGCAGCAGAUGCUGCAGCAGAAGGAAAACUGCUGCAGCAAGAUAUGCAAAAAAAAUUAGAUGCUAUCGAGCAAACUGUCAGUACAAAUAUAAAAUAA